ACCAGAUGAAGAGAAAUAGAGAUUUCUGUUCAAUUAAGCGCAUGUGUAAGUGUUUUCUGGGUCUUUGUUUAGUUAAAGCAGCAGAACGAGCUGUCAUGUGUAGCAUCUUGUCACCAAAGCUAAAUUAAAUAAACAAGUCAGGAUUGAUCUAGUGCCAAUUUCAACAUAAACAUCAACGGGAGCUGCAGCCACAGCAGCCGUUUGUGAAGCGCCCCCUGAUUUAUCACUGAGAAGCAAAGACGCCGCCUCAUUCAAAUUCUGUGGAGGCUGCAGGUGAGAGACGCAUGCGGCGGAAGAGCAGGACGGUCACGACACCUCGCAAAUAGAUGCAUAAUGAUGCGAGCAGGUGACGGACCUGACACAGUAGCAGCGGGUGAUUCACGCCUCGCUCCAGUGACACCGUACAAGUGAGCGGUCAGGGAUCGGCGGCGGCAGAUGAAUUUCCUCCAGACAGAGGAAGCAAACUGCUGCGACGUGGACGUGCAGCUGGAAGGCAAUGAAUUAGCAGCACUGGUUCAUAGGGUCUGAUCUUUUGUCUUUACUAAGACUCUUUAAAGUGUCGCCCUCAGCAUUUUGUGCCAGUUUGCUUCACUGUGCUGUCCUGGAUGUCGUUGUUUCAUGGAGCUUAAGGAGUUUAUGUGUGCUUUCUGGCUUUUGCUGCGUUUUUAUGUAUGUUGUGGUGAUGAUUGCUUUAAUCUGUACUGUAUGUUCCUCAUUGGAGCGGGAUUUCUGCCACGAUGAGCCGAUAAAUAAAAUGAUGCUCACUGAGAGGUAAUCAAUCUGGGGGGCUGCGCCACCAAGCCGCUGCAUCACAACAAACCCCACCAAUCGGGCUUCAGCCUCAUGCAUCGCCAUGGUAACAGAGCUUUCUCAGAGGAGGAAGAGACAGUUGUGGGGAACGGAUGGGGGAGGUAGAGGAGGAGGGGUGUGGACGGAGAAUCCAUACGCUUCUGUUCCACUGCGAGGAUUCAGACACGGCACCUCCCUCCGGGUCCGGCGUGGAUGGGGAGGGACGAUGACCGGGCUGGGCUCAGUGGACCGUUCGGGUCGCUGUGGUUCCCCCUGCGAGGCCUGAACACCGAUGACUCCAGCCCAGUGAACAUGCUGCUCGGGUAGCGCCGCGCCGGACCACACACGCAGAGCAGAGCAGAGCAGAGCAGACUCGGCCCGACCCGCGAGCGGCCAUGCUGAUCAAGGAGUACCGGAUCCCCAUGCCCAUGAGCGUGGAGGAGUACCGCAUCGCUCAGCUCUACAUGAUCCAGAAAAAGAGCAGGGAGGAGAGCUGCGGCGAGGGCAGCGGGGUGGAGAUCCUGGAGAACAAGCCGUACGAGGACGGCCCCGGCGGAUCGGGCCAGUACACGCACAAGGUCUACCACAUCGGCAAACACAUCCCGUCCUGGUUCUGCGCCAUCCUGCCGCAGGCCGCCCUGCGGGUGGAGGAGGAGUCCUGGAACGCCUACCCCUACACACGAACCCGGUAUACUUGUCCCUUUGUAGAGAAAUUCUCCAUUGACAUUGAGACGUAUUAUAAACCAGACACUGGGAAUCAAGCAGAUGUCUUCAACCUGUGUACUGCUGAGAAGAGACAGAGGACUGUAGACCCCAUAGACAUCGUAAAGGACUACAUCGCUCCUCACGAGUACCUGGUCGAGGAGGACCCCAAGCUGUACCAGUCGGUCAAGACCAGGCGGGGUCCUCUGUCGGACGACUGGAUCGAGGAGAUCAACCAGGGCCCGGGUCGGACGCCCGUCAUGUGCGCCUACAAGCUGUGCAAGGUGGAGUUCAGAUACUGGGGCAUGCAGUCCAAGAUCGAGCGCUUCAUACACGAUGUGGGCCUUCGUAAAGUGAUGGUCCGGGCCCACCGGCAGGCCUGGUGCUGGCAGGACGAGUGGUACGGCCUGACCAUGGAGGACAUCAGGCAGCUGGAGCUGGAGACCCAGCUGGCCUUAGCCAAGAAGAUGGCCCAGUACAGCCUCAGCGAGGAGGGGGGGGCGGAGGCGUCCGCCGGCCAGGACCGGGAGCAGGGAGCCGACGCCGGGGGCGCGGCUGCAGAGGCAGCAGGAGGAGGGAGGGGCGGAGACUCGCUGGAGACAAGAGGGGAACUCACCAAGCAGUGGUCAACGUCCUCCAAAUCCUCCAACAGGUCGUCCAAGAGGGGAGGGAGCCCGUCCCAUCAGAGCAUCUCAGAGUGGAGGAUGCAGAGCAUCGCCCGGGACUCCGAGGACAGCACGGACGACGAGUUCUUUGACGCGCACGAAGACUUCUCCGAUAACGAGGAGAUGUUCCCCAAGGAGAUCACCAAAUGGAGCUCCAACGACCUGAUGGACAAGAUAGAGACGGCGGAGGCGGACGAAGCGCAAGAGUCGCUGGGCGGGGACUUCGCCGCCAUGAGUAACGAGGAGACGCCGAUGGAGGACUGCUCGUCUCAGCCGAGUCUGCAGCCGUCCCGAAUCCACGGCCUCGUUCUGGUGCUGCACGGAGGAAACAUCCUGGACACCGGCUCUGGGGAGCAGAGCAGCAAACAGGCGGACGUCAACACGCUGAGCGGGGCCUUCGAGACCGUGAUGAGGGUCCACUACCCCACGGCGCUGGGCCGCAUCGCCAUCAGGAUGGUCCCCUGUCCCGCCGUGUGCGUGGACGCCUUCUCGCUGGUCUCCAACCUGAGCCCCUACAGCUACGACGAGGGCUGCCUGUCCAGCAGCCAGGACCACAUCCCGCUGGCCGCUCUGCCUCUCCUGGCCACGUCCGCACCGCAGUACCAGGACGCGGUGGCCACCGUCAUCCUACGCGCCAAUCAGGUGUACGCCGACUUCAUCAAGUCCUUAGAAGGAGCGACGUUCAACGGCCAGGUGUGCGUGAUCGGCGACUGUGUCGGGGGAAUCCUGGGGUUCGAUGCUCUGUGCAGCAGCUCCGUGACCGUGUCAGAAAGCCAGAACAGCAGCAGACGGGGCAGCGCCGUCAGUGUCCAGGACACAGACCUUCUCUCUCCGGGCAUUGUCAUAAACAGCAUCUCCCCUUCGCCCCCGACCCUGGAAAGGAGCCGACACCUCAGCCGCAGCAACAUCGACAUCCCUCGCUGCUCGGGCCCCGACGACCCAAAGAAGCAGCUGCCCCGAAAACGCAGCGACUCGUCCACGUACGAGCUGGACACCAUCAAACACCACCAGGCCUUCCUGUCCAGCCUCCACUCCAGCGUGCUCCACGGGGAGCCCGGCUCACGGCGCUCCAGCAACAGCACCAUGUUGGAGGGAGGCUCCUUGGGAAAGUUCGACUUCGAGGUGACGGACUUCUUCCUCUUCGGCUCCCCGCUGGGGUUGGUGCUGGCGCUGAGGAAGACUGUGGUGCCCUCGCUGGACGUGUCGGCCCUGCGCCCGGCCUGCCAGCAGGUCUACAACCUGUUCCAUCCCGCCGACCCCUCGGCCUCGCGCCUCGAGCCUCUCCUGGACAAGAGGUUCCACCUGCUGCCCCCCUUCACCGUCCCCCGCUACCAGCGCUUCCCUCUGGGUGACGGACACUCGGCUCUGCUGGUGGAGACGGUGCAGAGCAACCCUCAGCUCCUGCUGGAGUCGGGAGGUUCUGGGUCCCACCGUUGCCAGGACAACGCCCUCAGCGAGACCUCCAUCCCCGUGCCCGUCCUCAGCGCGCAGACGCCGCAGCUCCACGCAGACGCGGAUUCGCUCCACUCGAAUCUGCUGGACGGCCAGUCGUCCACGUCGCCCGGCGUUCCCCACCUCCGCUGCCACCGCAGGGCCAGCGAGGCCAGCAUAGCCAGCCAGGUGUCGGGCAUGGCCGACUCCUACACCGCCUCCAACGUCGCCACCAUCGCCUCCCGGUGGUGGGGCAGUAAGAGGAUGGACUACGCCCUGUACUGCCCCGACGCUCUGACAGCGUUUCCAACAGUGGCUCUGCCUCAUCUCUUCCACGCCUCCUACUGGGAGUCCACGGACGUCGUGUCUUUCCUCCUCAGACAGGUGAUGCGACACGAGAACUCCAGUAUUUUGGAGCUGGACGGUAAAGAAGUGUCUGAAUUCACUCCGUCCAAACCUCGAGAGAAGUGGCUCCGGAAGAGGACGCACGUCAAAAUCAGAAAUGUGACGGCCAACCACCGCGUGAAUGACGCCGUCUUCACCGAGGGCGGGGCCCAGGCGGUGACGGGGCGCUUCAUGUACGGCCCCCUGGACAUGGUCACGCUCACCGGGGAGAAGAUCGACGUCCACAUCAUGACGCAGCCCCCGUCUGGGGAGUGGGUCUACUUCGACACGGAGCUCACCAACAGCAGCGGGCGCGUGUCGUAUGGGGUGCCCGAGGACAGGCGGCUCGGCAUCGGGGUGUACCCUGUCAAGAUGGUGGUCAGGGGCGAUCACACCUUCGCAGACAGCUACCUCACCAUCGUACCGCGGGGGACGGAGUUCGUCGUGUUCAGCAUCGACGGCUCGUUCGCCGCCAGCGUUUCCAUCAUGGGCAGCGACCCCAAGGUUCGAGCCGGGGCCGUGGAUGUGGUGAGGUACUGGCAGGACCUGGGCUACUUGAUCGUCUACGUGACGGGCCGCCCGGACAUGCAGAAGCAGCGCGUGGUGGCGUGGCUGUCCCAGCACAACUUCCCCCACGGCGUGGUGUCGUUCUGCGACGGCCUGGUCCACGACCCGCUGCGACACAAGGCCAACUUCCUGCGGUCCCUCAUCAGCGAGGCCCACAUGAGGAUCUUCGCCGCCUACGGCUCCACUAAGGACAUCUCUGUGUACACGUCCAUCGGCUUGCCCCCCUCACACAUCUACAUCGUGGGACGGCCCACGAAGAAGAUGCUGAACCAGUGCCAGUUCAUCCCAGAUGGAUACGCCUCCCACCUCUCCCAGCUGCAGUACAACCAGAGGUCGCAUCCUGCCAAGUCCGCCAGCACCCGCAUGGUCCUCCGCAAGGGCAGCUUCGGACUGGGAGCGGCCGGCGGAGACUUCCUCCGCAAGCGCAACCACCUGUUUCGCACCAUCUCCUCCCAGCAGCCCGGGGGGGCGCGGCCCGGCUCGCCCGGGCAGCCGGGCCGCGCCGAGCGCACGCUGAGCCAGUGCGACGCGGAGCGCGAGCGGGUGGUCGCCGUGACGACCCAGAGGAGCAUGAGCAUCGCGGCCGGAUGCUGGGGCCGCAGCGGGAGCACCAAGGAGGGCAGCGGAGGCUUACUGGGCCCAAAGUAGGAGUCGCAUGGGGUUGAAGGAGGACAUGGUCGGACUCAGCGUGAUCUCCGGAGGGUGGAGGGUGGAGGAGAACACGUGGAGGCAGGGUUUAGAGUUUAGAUGUUAGCGACAGCGGAGGGAGACGGUUGAAAGGGAGUCACGAGGAGAAGGAGCAAACGUGUAGCAUGGCUCUUUUACAGCAACACUUUUCUAUGACAGGAAGGAUCCAAUGACAUGUCGUAAGCCUUAAAACCACUCCCGUGUAACGGGAACCACACACACAUGAACAGCGUUCACACUCAGGACGAACCGCGGAACAGUGGAGUCGCCGUCAGCUGAGCACAAGGUCCCAGCAGAGGUCAGGGUCAGGGUGAGGAUGUGAGAGUGGAGCGGCCCAUCGGGUCGUUUUUUGUCUAGUGAACGCGAACGCGUAGGUCUUCAGAGAGGAGUCGUGACCCCAAACAAGCCCACGAGGCGCCCAGUUAACCACAGCAGCUUUUCCUUUCGUUUCUGAGCACUCACCACAAGCCAGAUCCACUCAGCUCUGCUGAAUCGGACAGAGACGGAUUCCCUCGAACCUGGACUCACCAAACAAACACGGCAACAAUUGAAACACACAUACAGACCUUGUAUUUGUUGGGCUUUCUCAAUAUACAUAUAGUAUAUACAUAUACCUCUAUAGUGUAUAUGAAAUAUACUCAAUGUGUUACUUAAUGAAAUACUCAUCGUUUUCAUUUCGCCACAUUAGGCUCCGCUGCCUCAUCCCUUUUAGUCCAAGGCCUUAAUAUCCAACAACUCACGUCCACUGGCGGAAACAGAAGCAGAAACUAGGGCAUGCGGCAUUUAAAGAAACUGAACUCUGUACAGUCCACAGCAACUAUCCCUUUAUAGAUUCAUCUGCUUGCAAUACCUCUGAGCCACCCGUUGGUGGUUUUGUCUUUUCCACGUGGACCGUCCAGGACGGGGCCUGUACAGACUUUAAGCAUCCCUAACAAUACAUAUGGAGGCUAAAGGUUGAAAGGACUGGCUGGAUCCUUUCAGGGGGAAUAAGGAGGUGGUGUUAACACACCUGCAUCGACAUUGGAGUGUAUUUUAAUGCACAAGGGGCUUAGAAGACGGUGCCGCCUCUCCUUCAGUCCAUAGACUCUGAUGUAACAAUGGUUCCAUGAACACUGAAGCUGCUGUUCAGCCUUUCUAAUGCACUUCUAGUGUAGGAGACAGGAGACUAUGUCUGCUUCAUUCACUAUAUGUACAGCAUGUUAAACAUAGGAACAAGGUCCCGAAUUGAAGAUUCUGAAGUCAGAUCCAGCAAAAGCCGUUGUCUGUAGACGCUGGUGAUUCUGAUCUGUCCCACUUCUGGUUCAUCUCAUUCUAGGCCCCGUUUGCAAUUCUUUUAUUUUUGAUUAUUUGAUAUAAACCUCUGACUGUGGGUUUUCCAUUCUCGUCCAGUGGAGGUGCAUUAGGAAGGAACCACUUCGCCAACAGUGUGACCUGCAGAACUCAGCCACAGCUGCUUCAGGCUUCACACCUGUUUAAAAAAAACCUCCACAUCUGUACACAUAGAAGCUGCACAAGCUUUUUGAGGAAAGACACGUGGGACACUUUUACCUCUCGCUCUCUUAAUUUCACUAUGCUGUUGUUUUAUGGCCGACUUCCAAAUGACACUCGAGUGUGUUUCCGCACUGUGAUGUUGUCAAUCCACCACAAAAGCCAAAACCAUCCUUUAAAACUGUAGUUAAUCAACUUUGUAACCUCAUUGUUGUUUUUUUGCACUAGCUGGUGGUAGAAAAAUGCUGUAGUGACCAUCUCAUGUUCCUGCACAUGGACUCUGUAGUGCAUGACAUGUUGUUUCAGGUGUGCACUCAUAUUUUGUGCGAUAUGAAAAUAAUGUAAGUAAAUGUGCCAAACAGUAGAGAGGGAACUAUUUAGAUCAGGGGUUUUUCUGUUUGUUAUUGUUGUUUGUGUCACCUUUUCACAGGAUAAUCAUGCUCCAUGUUUGAAAACGUCAUUUCCCAGAAUGCUUUGCGUCCGUAACACGUUAGCAUGGUAAAACUCCUUUUAAAAGCAGGUGUUUGCUAUACAGUAUUUGUUAGCAAAUAAACACAAUUAAAAGUUAGCAGAAUAAGCCUUUAGUUUAUGUUGGCGACGCUUCUAUGAAUGUAAUGAUAGCAACGAAUUAGAACUGUUUUAAAGACACGGCAAAUCUCAAAAAGCAGGUUCGGGAUUUUUAAAGAGCCUCUUAUUUUUUAGAUCUGAGGCGACGGAUGUGGAAGAAGAUGCCUCCCAGCAAUUGUAGGUUCAGCUGAAUCUAAAAAGGUGUAUGUUGUGUGUUCGUGUUCAAUGUUGACUCAUUGUUAACCCCUGGUUUAGACUGUAUUAAACCACUGGUCAGGUUCAGAUGAGGAUGUGUGAACUCAGCCUGACAGGCUUAUGUUUGUUUGGUUCCAUGGUGAGAAAAAAAUAAUACAUUUUAAUGUCUGAAAAUAAAAAAAUGUAAAGAUUGUGGAUAAGAUGAACAAUAAGCUGUUUUGCAAAUGGACUUUUGCAGAGUUUCUGUUGUGCUGUGCGUGGACGGGUUCUGGAUGUAAACAAACUGAAUGUGUCUUCAUUUGGACCCUGAUUGAGGUCGGGAGUCACUGAUGUGUCAGUGUACAGACUGUACAGAUGUAUAUGUAGGACCUCUAUGGUUGAGAGCUAUUUAUUUACCUAAAGAUCCUGAUGUUGCUGUUGAACCUUCAGGUGAAUUAUAUUUGAAAUAUGUAGCAUUUCUUUUGUUAAUUUAAUUAAUGGACCAACACAGGAAGGCUUUGAUUUUUACCAGUGCAAUAUUAUUGUUCCAGUCAAAGCUGGUGCACAGUCCACCUCUGAAAUCACUACAAACACCACCUGCUACCGCCUGUUUCACCUGACUUGCUGUUGACCUCUGCUGAGCUUUUUAUAGGACUUGCUGUACCUGAUUUUCAAACCGUAUUUUACAAAAACCUUUGAAAUAUAACUUUGUUUGUCAGCAGUUGGUGCAUGAAAACGUAAGAGCCCAUAACGAAGUAGGUCUGUUUAAAAAGCUGUUGCAUGUCGGACUGGGACUAAACCUCCAUGCUUAACAAUAAUAAAACGGUUAUGUUGUCCACUA